CUGGUCUCAAAAUGGAGGUAAAACCGCCGCCCAGUCGCCCCCAGCCCAACUCUGUCCGUCGCUGCUACCACCGGGGAGAGGAGGGCCAUGAUCCAAAGGAACUAGAGCAGUUGAGAAAACUGUUUAUUGGUGGUUUCAGCUUUGAAACUACAGAUGAUGGUUUAAGAGAAAAUUGUGAAAAGUGGGGCACACUUACAGACUGUGUGGUGAUGAGAGACCCCCAAACAAAAUGUUCCAGAGGUUUCGGUUUUGUGACUUACUCUUGUGUGGAGAAGGUGGAUGUAGCAAUGUGUGCUCGACCACACAAGGUUGAUGGGCAUGUAGUGGAACCAAAGAGAGCUGUUUCUAAAGAGGAUUCUGUAAAGCCUGGCACCCAUCUAACUGUGAAGAAAAUUUUCGUUGGUGGUAUUAAAGAAGAUACAGAAGAAUAUAAUUUGAGAGACUACUUUGAAAACUAUGGCAAGAUGGAAACCACAGAAGUUAUGGAGGACAGGCAGAGUGGAACAAAGAGAGGAUUUGCUUUUGUAACUUCUGAUACAAUUGAUACAACUGUUGUUCAGAAAUACCACACAAUUAAUGGGCAUAACUGUGAAGUGGAAAAGGCCCUUUCCAAACAAGAAAUGCGGUCUGCUGGAUCGCAAAGAGGUCGUGGAGGUGGAUCUGGCAACUUUAUGGGUUGUGGAGGAAACUUGGGAGGUGGUGGUAACUUUGGCCGUGGUGGAAACUCUGGUGGAAGAGGAGGCUAUGGUGGUGGAGGUGGUGGCAGCAGGGGUAGUUAUGGAGGAGGUGAUGGUGGAUAUAAUGGAUUUGGAGGUGAUGGUGGCAACUAUGGUGGUGGUCCUGGUUCUAGAGGUGGAGGAGGCUAUGGUGGUGGUGGACCAGGAUAUGGAAACCAAGGAGGUGGAUAUGGUGGCGGUGGUGGCGGAUAUGAUCGUUACAAUGAAGGAGGAAAUUUUGGAGGUGGUAAGUAUGGUGGUGGUGGGAACUGUAACGAUUUUGGAAAUUAUAGGGGACAACAGCAAUCAAAUUACGGACCCAUGAAGGGGGGCGGUUUUGGUGGAAGAAGCUCAGGUAGUCCCUAAGGUGGUGGUUAUGGAUCUGGUGGUGGAAGUGGUAGAUGCGGUAGCAGAAGGUUCUAAAAAUUUUCAGAAGGGCUACAGUUCUCAGCAGGAGAGAGAGCGAGGAGUUGUCAGGAAAGCUUCAGGUUACUUUGAGACAGUCGUCCCAAAUGCAUUAGAGGAACUGUAAAAAUCUGCCACAGAAGGAACGACGCUCCAUAGUCAGAAAAGUUCCUGCAGCUUCAACAGGAAACCCUUCUUGUUCAGGACGGUCAUAGCCACAGUUGGCAAAAAGUGCAGCUAUUGAUUAAUGCAAUGUAGUGUCAAUUAGAUGUGUAUUCCUGAGGUCU